CAAUCACGAAGCCUUGGUGCAACCGGACACCAACCUCGCAUGCGCUGGAAGUUGCACGCCUGCAUUGCUCUAUCACGACUGCCCAUCUGCUACACGCACCGUUACUACACGAUUAGUUAAACAAAUACGCCUCUCGCUCUACGUAUUAUCGCAUUGACGCACCCGUGAGUUGCCGGGACGCAGCGUUAUCUCUGGUGGUGUUCCGACAUUCCCCACACGCGACGACUGCUCCACCCCCGAGUACGCGGGCUGCAUAGCCCUCUCAACCAUCACCAUGAUACAAGGCACGCGUCGCUGGCUCAGACGCAACCGCACAAACUUUGCCAUCGGCGCCGGAGUGCUCGGCGCGGGUUAUCUGGCGGGGCAGUAUGUCCUGGGCAAGCUCGGGGAGGCGAGGCAGCGCAUGAGCGAUGAUCGCAUCGCCAAAGAGAAUCUACGUCGCCGCUUCGAGCAGAACCAGGAAGACUGCACCUUCACCGUCCUCGCCAUCCUGCCCACCGCGACCGAGAACAUACUGGAUGCCAUUCCUGUCGAACAAGUACUGGAGGAGCUGCAGAGACAAAAGGCAGAGCGCCUAUCGCGGAGUGUCGGACCCAGCGAGAUUGCCAGUUCAGCGCCUCCAAGUGUAGCAGACACGACUGAGGAUGACGCACGGAGCUCGAGUCUUCAGACGGAUAGCUUCAUCCAUGCCAGCCAAAUCGCUACAGAGGGUGACAGCAGCACGGGCCCUACCGAGGCUAUCCCAGAGGUCAGGGAGGAUAGGAAGAGCAAGAAGAGCAAGGCGCAACUAUGGAGCGAGAUGAAGAUCAGCUCCAUAACACGCGCCUUCACCCUUAUCUACACCCUCUCUCUCCUCACGCUUCUAACUCGCAUUCAACUGAACCUCCUCGGCCGCCGAAACUACCUCGCCUCCGUUGUGUCGUUAGCCGCGCCGCAGUCGACGACCGAAGGCGCAAGGAUCAACUUGGAGAACAAUGACGACGACAACUUUGAGCAAGCAUACGGCAACGACUUUGAGACAAACCGCAGGUAUCUCAGCUUGAGCUGGUGGCUCCUACACAAGGGAUGCAUAGAGCUCAUCGAGAAAGUGCGGACUGCAGUCAAGGACGUCUUCGGCCUGGUAAACCCCAGAGAAGAAAUGACCUUGGAGAGACUGUCGGAACUUACCCUGGAAGUGCGCAAGAGGGUUGAAGGUGCAACAGAGGAAGAGCGAAGAACAUGCAAGUGGCUUACAUUCCUCCUUCCACCGCAAGACCAGGAAGACUACGUCCUCCGUGAAUCCGGCAUGACCUCGUCCUCCGAGUCCACAUCACCCACAACAACAACCUCUCUCCGCCGCCUAAUCGACGAAACCUCUGACCUCAUCGACUCGCCCGCCUUCACACAUGUCCUCACACAGCUCCUCGACACUGCUUUCUCCCACCUCGUCGAUGUGAAGAUCUCACAACUCUCCUAUAAGAUCCCGCCCAUCUCUGACAACCACGCUCGUGUGCAGGAGAUUGUUGGACACGACAUCAAGGCCAAGGUCGCGAACAGCUUAGCCGUAUUCUGCAGACAAGCGCACAGCAUCGGUACUGGAGCGAACAACGAAUACCUAGCUGCUAUCGAAGCUGUUGGUGGUCUUGAGGCGUUCGCUGCUGUCGUCUACUCUAGCAACUUCGAGUACGAAAGCCCAGAGGCUGCCGCGUUGAGUCAAUCUGCCCCUGCUCCUGUCGAGCUAACAAAGCCGAGCGUGGUGCCUGAGGUUGCAGCUUUACAGGAUGCACAGGAGGCUAAGUCAGACGAUCCGUUCGAGAGCGCUUGGGGUAAGGCGUUGGCGAAAGAGGAUGGGAAGCAGUUCUAGGGGAUUGUAUGAUAGGUGCAUGUGGGAGUGGCCGUCGCGACGUAGGAUUCUUGAGAUACCCGUAAUUUGAACCUGUAACACUAUAUUUCCUCGCUUCUUAUUUCACAUGAGAUUGUGUAUAUCCCAAUUCCGAUUACAAGCGUUGUGCCUUCCGGCCUCGGAUUGUUGAGUCGUGACGUCAGAGCCAUAGUGGGACCUGUGAACACCUCU